AUUGAGAGUAUAUUGCUUCUUGUUGGUUUAGAAUACUAAGAUUUACAGCUUAAAAUAGGAUGCAAUUCGGUUAAUUAGUUUCGCUAGGAUUUCUUUUGGCAUUCCAAUCUGUUGUUUGUAAAUAUGGUCGCUGUCAAAGUGCCGGGUGUGUGAUUUCCUUUGAAAAUGCGGUUCAACUUAUUCUUCUCAACGUUCACGCUCUCGUUGCUAGUAAAGUUCACCACUGGAGAUGAGUUAGAAGGUCCUUACAAAACCACAACCAAUGAAAAGAACCAAAUAACGACAAUUAAACAUUCCCGCCCGAAGCUCAGUGUUGAGUUACAAAAGGAAGGAUUCCACAAAACAUUAGUCUACAGCUUGUCUUCCCCAAGCUCUAUAGAAGGAUGCGGCUUCACAUUGGAGCAAAAACUGCCUGCUGCAGUUUACGUGGAUACUGAUGAGCUGUUGGAUCUAGUUUCCCGUCGAGGCUACAACCUAACCUACCCACAUUUCGUGGAUAUUGAAAAAUCAACAGAGAAAUCAUCAGGAUUCACUGUCCUUUUGCAUUCCGAAAGCCAAGUGUAUCAAGCUUCGAUUCCAAUUCACUUUCGGUAUCACAGUGCAGUAGAUGGAGGUGGGUUCGUGGAAGUUGAAAUAAAACCUCCAGCCCUUUACGUGAAUUGCCCUAACGCGGAGCCCAUUGGAGAGGAAAAGUGUUUCAAGGAAGCUGAAGCGUUGAUACACAAAUGCAACUGGAUCCAAGAAGAGGAUAUAGAUUUCGAUGGUAAAUUGAUUGCUGUGAGAAUACCCAGGGGUGAUAAAUCGAUCAGCUCCUUAGUGACCUCCAUUACGAUUGUUAUUAGUUGGGUUGGGUGUGUUGUGAUCCUUGUCAGUAUUUCGCGGAAAACGAAGAAUAUGAAUAAGAAAUCGAAAUAGAUUUUACUUUUCUAUCUAAAAA